GUAAACAUGGCGGCCUUAAAGCACAACUUACAGAAGGAGUUGUUCAACCCAACUGAGGAGCGACUCUAUGCGGUUGUAAGCGUAACUAAAGCGGGGAAAAAGAAGAAAGCAAGUUUCCUCUGUUUAGCUGUGACAACAGUGAGACCUGAAACUGUGUCGCUUUACCAAGUGAAAAAGACAGAGAAAGAUACAUACAAGAAGAGAAUGCACUGGAGACUGAGAGACUUAAAACUGGUUGAUGGCAGAGAUGAAACUAAUGAAACCCCUGAAUUUCACCUUCUAUUUGAGAAGACCUACAAGUGGGUAGCAAGCAGUAUUCAAGACAAAACCAAUUUUAUAACAGCGAUAAUGAAGGUGGCCGACAGAUAUGGGAAUCAGAGGAAACCAAGCUUUACCAAUGUCAGUGCUAUUGAAGGCUCUAUCCAUGGGGCUGAGAGUAGCAGAGUUCAACAGCACACAGAAGAGGGAGCUGAAGGUGAAGAUUACCAAGAACUGACACAGCGAGAGGAGAGUGACUUGGAGUACAUGAUAUCACAUACUGAGAGUGCCAUCAGCAACAUUGAAGCGUUCACGGAAAAACUCUCCAAGGAAUUGUCUGUUUUGGAUGGGGCCAAUAUUCAUUCCAUCAUGGAUGCUGAGCCUCAAGUGGAAUCACUGAUGCAGUUGUUGAAUGAUGCGUUAAAGGAGCUCGAAAACCUAGAUAAACGACUUAUUGGAUAUGAUUCGCGUCUUAAGGAAGUGCGAGCUCAGAUGGAGCAAAUGGAGGAUAAGGAUAAACACAUGGUUACAGAGAGCAGGAAUCGUAAAAAGCUUUUGGAGGAGGUGGAAUCAGUAGUGAAUUCACUGGAUGUCCCUGAGUGUAACAUCGUAGCUUUACAAGAAGCUGACCUUUCCAAAGGGCUGGGACUGAAAGAGUGCACUCACGCCGCGUUUUCCGUGCUUCAUGCUCUGCAAGCAGAUCUCAGUCCAGGUUUAACUAAGAUGAGAGCUGUCAAGGAACAGAGAGAAAAGUUUUUGCAGCUGAGCAGCGAUUUUGCUCAACGUCUGAAGUUUCACCUCAUGGAAAUCUUCACGCGCCACAGCUUAGACGUAGAGACUCUGGUUCAACACUCUAGUGAGCUGUGUAUCCCUAAACAUCUGGCUUGUCAUAAUGACCUCGCGCCAUUCUCUGAUCUAAUGAAGUGGCUGAAAGAAGUUGAUCAGACUGUGUUUCUCGAGCUCUGUCAGGCGUAUACACAAUCUCUGAGCAGAGUCUACGAGAGGGAACUGAGAGACUUCUUUGAGGCUGUGAAACAAAAGACUAUGACAAAAGGCGUCCGAACUUACGCUGCCUUUAAGAUGACAGGGACUUCGACGGGUGCGAAUGACCCGAAAAUGAGCCCCCGUCCAACUCCUCGCGUGAUCAAGACGGGCUCUUUCAGGAAAACUGAAAAAGCAACCGACAGGAAGGACACUGACUCCAUUGGUUCGAUGGGCUCAGAUACGAGGUCAAGAUCAGGCUCCAUGAGCUCGGUGGAUUCCUCUGAUCAGUUGCUGGAGGGCAGAGGAAAGUUUGAAAGGGUAUUUGAUGUUCUGUUAUUGGAGCUGGAACCAGUAUGCACAGCCGAACAGGAAUUUGUACAAAAGUUCUUCGAUUUUUCUUUGGAGGAGUCAGAGCCUUCAGAGACACCAAGCACCUUAAAUAUUGACUCUUCUGAUGGUGCGAUGUUUAGCAAGGCACCGUCAAUUAAAUCCAUAGACACUACGGAUGUAAAAGAGCGAACACCGCUGAACGAGGAAGUCAGAAAAAGAAAACAGCGGAUCAAUAAAAACCGAGAAGAUAUGAAGAAAAUCAUGCAAGGAUUGUUCAACGUCUUGGAAGCCGAGUUACAAAGUUACAUCCACUUUGCAGAUAGACUUGAUCCUUUUAACACCAUGUAUAUGUUGGUCAAGAUUGGUCAUUUUGUGAUCACCACCCAAUUGUCUGGCUCACCUGUGUCCUACCUCAGCCAGCAGCUUGGAAACUGCCUCAUCUCUGUGAAGAGGCUCUUUGACAAGUUCAUAUCGAAUCUAAAGAAACAAAUUGAGGAAAUGAAAAUUCAGAAGACGAAGAAGUGUGGAAUCUUGCCAUUUGUGACCAAGUUUGAGGAAUUUGCAAGCAUUUCAGAGAACGUGUUCAAGAACUCUGAUCGCCGCAAUGACCUUGACAAAGCUUAUCACAGUCUUAUUCGAGUUGUGUUCAUUAACGUGGAGCGAAUGGCUGAGGAACAUCAGAAGACACCACGAGCGGUGGUCAUGAUGGAAAACUAUCAUCGUUUGUUCAGGUUUCUAACGCGUCUCAAGAUAGUGUGCCUGGAAAACGAGAAAAGAGAGGCCAAAAGGAAAUACAACGACACCCUGAAAUUGUACGUGAAGGAGAUGCUUGGAAGACCCAUGGAAAAAAUUAACAUCUUUUUCGAGGGUGUACAAGAAUGUAUUGCAGCCGGGGUGAAGGAAGACGAAGUCGGAUAUCAGUUGGCAUUCAGUAAACAAGAACUAAGAAAAAACAUCAAGGAGUACCCUGCCAAGGACAUAAAAAAAGGACUCGAACUGUUGUACAAGAAAGUCGAGAAACAUCUGUGCGAAGAAGAGAACUUACUUCAGGUUGUGUGGCACACCAUGCAAGAUGAAUUCAUCCAACAAUAUAAGCAUUUUGAGGAUCUCAUCCAGCGCUGUUACCCUGAAUCUAUGAUCAAUCUGGAAGUUACCAUCGAUGAUAUCCUGUCGUUUUUCUCAAACAUUGCCCAGUCACACUGAACUUGGAAGGCUUAAUACAAAGAAAGAACACGACACAAGAUGUGUAGAUGGUUUCGUUGACCGCUAAAAUUCUACCUUUGACCAUCAGUUUGUUGCCCCAUUUCAGACCAUGUGAUGCUUUCUACAUCAACAUAGUUGGUCAUUUUUAUGUUGAAAUGUUAAUUCCUUGUUUAUUUUAACGGGAUUACCAAUCGUUCAUGGAAGAUUUUUCUUGUUACGGGUUUUAUGCUUCAGAGUUAAUAUACAUGUCCAAUGGCCCGGAAUGUGACGCAUUCUUACGCAUCACAUAUUGCAGUUAUAAAUGUAGCUAAGAGCUUGAGACUUCAGCGCACUAUUUGUUACUGCCCUGAUUGAGGGUAAACACUAACGGGUUAUUCUGUGGAGUAGAAUCAUAUUGUUUGAAAUAGGGCAGCAACCAACAAAGCUUCAUUACUGUAUGUCGAUAGGCAAUGAAAUCGCUAAACGACUUUUCUAGUCAGAAACAAGAGCUCUUCAGAUCCUCUGCGUAGCUCUUGUUUCUUACAUUAAUUUUUUUUAGCUUGCUGUUAAAAAUAUGAUGGACAAGAGAUGGUUUGACUUGCCAAACAUAAAAAGCUCGCAUCGACCACUAGUGCGCAAUCCCUCUUGCAAAAGGAAAUUGAAAUUAAACGUUAAUUCAUGAAUUGUAAAAAGUUAAAUAUUUGACAGAAUGACAACGAUGUGAAUCGCGAAAGUAUUAAUUAAAAGAGCCAUUUGUGCAAACAUAUGAACACUCGAUUAUGAAUCAAAUUCAGUGUUUUUUUUUUGUGUUCGUUUUUCUAUAGUUAUUUUUAUAAAGGCAUUUCAAGCAUCUUGUUUGUCGACGUGUAAUUCCCAAUGCCUAAUUUAUUAUAUUUACAAAGAAUUUAACAAUUUGUUGUCGGAAGUUUCACUCUGUUUUAAAUCUAUAACAGAGGCACUGCCGAGGACUGGCAGUGUAUCAAGGAGAGACGAAGACAAUCAGGUACAUAUUCAUUUGUUGUUGUUGAGAGUAAAUCAAUUUUGAAUUAAAAUUAUCUUACAGAAAACCUUGA